AUGGAAGAGCAGAGAGGUGCAGGCAGGGGGUCUUACAUAUGGGGCAGAAGCGUCCACAACACCCGCAUAGAACGUCUUUGGUAUGACGUUACUCACGGCUUCGGUCAGAAGUGGAAGAACUUCUUCAUCGAUCUGGAGGCAAACCACGGCCUCAACCCUCAGAUACCAGAGCAUAUCUGGCUCCUUCACUAUCUCUUUCUCCCGGCGAUCAACCAAGAUGCUGAUGACUGGGUCGAGUCAUGGAAUUCCCAUGUCCUACAGAUACGCGGAGAGCGUAACCGCAGCCCUCGCGACAUCUUCCUAUUCAGCAUGGUCCAAGAUGGCCCACGAGGCCUCACGCUAGCUCAAGCCCCUACGGACGAGGACAUCGGUGAUCCAGCCACUUACGGCAUUGACUGGACAGUUGCCGACGACCCUGUGCUCAUGCAACAUCUGCUGGAUAACAAUCCUCAAGACUGGGAGGAUGAAAACCCAUUCCGUGUUGGUGGUGGACCCACUCGCCUAUCCGAAGUACUCUGUGUUCCACCAAACUGCCCUCUCAAUGCGGACGAAUUGCAAUCGCUUCAGGAUGCGCUACGGAUGCAAGUGGACCUCACGUUGCGCAGCAUGGACAUUAGGAGAAUAGUUUGGCAGACCGCGUUCCAUCUAUGCGACGAGAUUUUGAGUCAACGUCGAUGA